AUGAAUGCUGCAGCAGACAAGUUUUGCCUCAUCGCCAUGUACUGCUGGGCAAUUUGGAAAGCCAGGAACAAGGUAGUAUGGAAUAAAAAGCACUCCACUGUCACUGAUGUUCUUGCAUCUGCCCAAAUAGCUCUUGACCAUUGGAUUAAAGCUCAGGAUAAAACUUCGUUGUCAUCGUUGUGUCUGAAUAACAUCGGUGAUGGCUCUGAGACUUGGACUAAACCUGGUGAAAACACAAUCAAGAUUAAUGUGGAUGCAACGCUUUUUGAUAGCGAGAACAAGUACGGCUAUGGUUUAGUUGCCCGGAAUCAUUUUGGUAAUCUUGUUGCAGCCCGUGCUGGCAGUUAUGGUGGCCUUUAUGCAUCUGAAGUCAUUGAGGCGAUGGGAAUUAAGGAGGCCCUCAGCUGGGUCCAGACUAAUAAUUGGCGAUCUGUUGAGAUUGAGACGGACAACCUUGUUUCUGUACAAGCCAUCCGAGGCAACCACUCCAUGAGAUCCACCCUUGGCCUUCUUAUCAAGGACUGCCAAAUCCUAUUAUCUACCCUUCCUAAUGUCAAGUUAUUUUGGAUAAGACGAUCAGCAAAUCGAGUAGCACAUCAUGUUGCUAGAUAUUCUCGGUUUUACCUUGGUUGUAGCAUUUCUGAGUUUUCCAUUACUGCUGAAUUCCAACAUCUUUUGUAUUCAGAAUGCUAA